ACUAAUAAAUGAAAUUUGGAAAUUGACACUGUGCUUAAUCCGUUAUGACAUCAUUAACGGAGAAGAAACAAUAUAACAGUUUUGACAAUGAAAAAAUCAAGUGUAAGGAAUUAAAUGGACAGCUUAAAGAGCUGACGAUUGAAGAGGUAAUUAACUUGUGCGGGUUUGGAAAAUUUCAAUGGAGAUUAUCCCUAUUUGCAGGAUUGGCAUGGAUUGCCGACUCGAUGGAGAUUAUGAUCUUGGCCAUUCUCGGUCCCAUAUUAAUUUGCGAAUGGAAUAUUAGCAAUUUUAAAGUAGCUCUCGUUACAACAUGUGUCUUCCUCGGCUUUCUUAUUGGAUCCCCUGUUAUUGGUAUAUGCGCUGAUAAAUUUGGCAGAAAAUCUGCUUUAUUGUUAUCUGCAUCUAUCGCUUUUUACUAUGGAUCACUGACGUCUGUGGCCCCUUUAUUUAUUUGGCUCUUGAUUCUGCGAUUUAUAGUAGGCAUUGGUGUUUCUGGGACACCUCAGGCCAUAACAUAUUAUUCUGAGUUUCUACCGUCGAAUUCUCGAGGAAGAAGUAUCAUGCUAAUUCAAUUCUUCUUCGCCUUCGGCGCUGUUUUUGAGGUUGUCCUUGGGUUCCUUAUUAUACCGUCAGCAGGUUGGAGGUGGUGGAUUGUGACCAGCUGUCUGCCUCUUGGAAUAUUUAUCUUAAUAACAGGAUUUCUGCCCGAGAGUCCCAGGUACGACUUGGCAAGUGGAAAUGUAAUUGCAGCUAAAAAAACCUUAGAUUACAUUGCCGAGGUUAAUGGAAUUGAUAUGCCUUUAUAUAAAUUGAAAUCUAAACAGACAGAGGGCAGAGGUGAUGUUAAGGAACUUUUCAGCAAACAACAUAGAAUAUCAAGUUUACUUUUAUUUUGUAUAUGGUUCGGAUGUGGAUUCUUAUAUUACGGGAUUUCAUUACUAGCCACAGAAUUAGUCAAAGAAGGACAAACUUGCAUUUCAGGAGCGAAAUUAAAAACUUUAUGUGAAUGUAAACCUCUGAAAACAGAGGAUUAUCUAGAUUUAAUGCUUACUACUGCUGCUGAACUACCAGGUUUAUUGAUGAUGAUUAUCGUCAUUGAUAAAAUUGGUCGGAAAUUCAGCAUACUAGCCAGUUUCACAACGUCUGCAGCGGCUCUAUAUCUUCUUCUCAUAUGCAUGAGCAGAUACCCAAUGGUUACUCUACUGUUCAUAGCACGGGCUUUUAUAUCAGCUGGUUUUCAAGUAGUUUACGUCUAUACACCCGAGUAUUACCCUACAAACUGUCGGGCAGUCGGUUUAGGAACCUGUUCUGCAUUCGCUAGACUUGGAGCAUUGAUCACUCCAUUUGUUGCUCAAGUUUUGCUGCAAUCUUCUCAUUACUUAGCAUUUGGACUUUAUGCGACUGUUGCCCUUAUUAUAGCCGGUUGUGCAAUUAUUCUACCAGUUGAAACUAAAGGAAGGGCUCUGGAAAACAACAAUUGA